GAAAAGCAAACAAAUUUAUUUAUUCCAAUUUCACCGCCCCAAGGCGAUUAAAAUUCCAUUGAAAUAAACACUGCCCUAUUCUUUACAUAAACAAAUAGCGCUAACAAAUGGCACAACAUAAUUACUGGCUCUAAAUGGUGAAUAAAUCUAUAAAAAUCGCCUGCAAAAUAAAGCAAAAUUCAAUUUACGUGCACACAUCUCGUGCGCGUAUUUGUUUUCAUCGAUCGAGCAAUUCGAUCACGUUUUAGGCGACCCGAACCAAUACUCUCAACUCUGCCACUUGCCGAGCUAAUUGAGGCGGUCGUGUGAUCACUGAUCAGCAAUUCUUCGUUCACGCGAUCGCUCCUCAGUCUUUGGCCAGCCACCGAACCGACCUGAGCUUCUCCAGAGCUCCCUGCUCUUUAAACUCGAAAGAAUUGGGACUGGAAAGAAUUCAGUACUCCGGCAGUUCAAAAAGAACGUGCCCUUCGAACAGACAACAACAGCAAAACAUUUGUUUAAAUACAUAAAACCACAAUGACCCUCAGGGACUGGGGAUAUCGCCUGCUGCCGGGUCUGAAGUGGCUGCACGGCUACACCGGCCAGGAUGCAGUGGCGGAUCUGAUAGCCGGAGUGACAGUGGGACUCACGGUGCUGCCCCAAGGUCUGGCCUAUGCCACUUUGGCAGGACUGCAGCCACAGUAUGGCCUGUACUCGGCCUUUAUGGGCGGCAUCAUAUACGCCAUGCUGGGCAGCUGCCGCCAGGUGACCAUAGGACCCACCGCGCUGCUCGCCCUGAUGACCAGCCGGCACACGGGCUUCGGCUUGGGUUCUGGACCAGCCUACGCGAUACUGCUGUGCCUCAUCUCCGGCAUCGUGGAGCUGGGCAUGGCAGUGCUGAAGCUGGGCGCCCUGGUGGAUCUGAUAUCACUGCCCGUCACAGUGGGAUUCACCUCGGCCACCGCCGUCAUUAUUGGCACAUCGCAACUGAAGGGUUUGCUGGGUCUGAAAGGAGGAUCUGGCUCAGACUUUAUAAACACCAUGCGCUCAGUGUUCGGAAAUCUACAUAAGGUGCGACAGGGCGAUUUUGUUCUGGGACUGGUUUCCAUCAUAGUUUUGCUGCUGCUAAGGAAACUGAAGAACGUGAAGCUGGACGGACGAAUCCGGAAUCUGAGGACACAGCGGCUAAUCAGCGGCAGCAUCUGGGUCAUAGCCACCGGACGGAAUGCUCUGGUAGUCCUGGUCACCAGUGUGCUCGCCUACAGCACCUGCGAGCACAUGGAAAGCUGUCCGUACAUCCUGACCGGAAAGGUCAAGAGCGGCCUGCCAAACGUCUCGCUGCCCAAGUUCGAGACCACCAUUCUGGACAGGAAUGGCACCGAGAUCACACAGAACUUUGAACAGAUGCUCUCGGAACUGGGUCCCUCCAUGAUAAUACUGCCCAUUAUUGCUGUGCUCGGCAAUGUGGCUAUUUCAAAGGCCUUCGGAGGAGCAGGACUGAGUCCCACGAGGGAACUGGUUGCCCUGUCCAUAAGUAACAUCUGUGGCGCCUUCUGCAGCUCCAUGCCGGUGACGGGAUCCUUCUCGCGGAGUGCUGUUAACCACGCGAGUGGAGUGAGGACUCCGCUUGGAGGGUGCUACACGAGCUUACUGGUUCUCCUGGCCCUUGGUCUGUUGGCCCCUUACUUCCAGUACAUCCCAAAGGCCGCUCUUAGUGCGGUCAUCAUUUCGGCGGUGAUAUUCAUGAUUGAGUUCGAGGUCAUCAAGCCGCUGUGGCGUUGCAGCAGGCGCGAACUGCUUCCGGGUGCCAUUACUUUUGUGAUGAGUCUGGCUGUGGGCGUUGAGAUUGGACUUCUGCUGGGCGUGAGUUCCGAUGUGGCCUUCCUGGUUUACCGAGCCGCUCGACCCGUGCUGAGUGUCUCCAAACUGCAGACCACCAAUGGCAUCAACUACAUCCUGAUUCGUCCCAAGCACAGUUCACUGUACUUCCCGGCCAUCGAAUGGGUGCGCUCGGGAAUCUCUAAGGCCUUGACCACGCACGGAACCGCUCCUGUGGUCUUGGAUUGCGCUCAUGUGCAUGAUUUUGAUUUCACUGCCGCUCGAGGAAUGGGAUCGCUGCAAAAAGAGCUCGCCAAGGCGAAUGUGCCUUUAUUCUUGAUGAGUGCUGAUAAAGAUAUUGGUGUUAUCCUCAAGGAGUCGACCAAUAUUGAUUUCCCCACGAUAGACUGCCCCGAUGAUUUGGAAUACCUGCUGGAGCAAACUCCCGACUAUGUUCUGCAGAUCUCAGCUCCUCUUGUAGAGUCGCGUCUGACCCAUUGCGAGUUGGGAGAACCCACUGAACUGAGUAAACUUAAUGGAAAAUCCACAUAGAUAACAGAGGGCUCUUCUUGGAGCAGUUCAGGAUAUUGUUGAUUUUAAAAGUACUAAGUAUACGUUGCGGCACAAAAUCUUAUUUAUGGCAAGUGCAGCCCGAAAAUUGUUUAAAAGCUAAAAUACUUUAAAGCAUCCUCUAGUAUUUAACUCGAGACACAUUUCAUUUCCAACUAUUCCAUUCCUAAGUUGUACUCUGCCCUCGAUAGGCUAAGUUUAAAUUGUAAAUACAUAUAUCUACUUAAGGUUUAUAUAAUUUUUUUAAAUUUUGUUAAUAUAAAUAUGUGUUCUCAAGUGAAAAAAUGUAAGUUUGGCCUGCGUUCGUUAAGAUUUUACUUUGGCAAAUUUGUAAAUCUAUAAUAAUAAUUUAUUAAAAACCAGCUCAAAGCUUGCUUACAUAUUAUUUCAAAUUUAGAUUUUGAAAUGACCAAGCAUAUCCGCAAAAGGCUGCCAAAUACAAAAGAUGACCAGUUUUCUUUAAAAGUUUUUUAUUCAAUCUUAAACAAAAUUCGCAUUUACUUAAUAUUUGUUAUUGAUAAGAACGGAUGCUAAUGGUAAAUCAGCGUAAUAAACUAAUUUUUACAUGCGUAGACACAAUUAAAAAGAGAAUUUAAAAGGAAA